UGAUUGGCUAGCUGUCACCUCUAGCCCCGCCCUCUCCUCGUACCCCUCAGAGGAAGAUGAGUGACCCGCAGACAGGACUGCUACAUCAUGGCAACAUUCAUGGAGCGACUAGCUUUCCUUCAGAAAGUCCCGACUCUGAUGAAGGCUACAGCAGAUGAUGAAAACCCCUGUCCUGGCUACCUUUUCCAAGAGAUUGGAAAAAUCUCCCAUGAGUCUUUGGGUUGUGGUCAGUGUUUGUUGGAGUACCUUCUGGAGAGGCUGCAGGUGGAGUCUUGUUUCGUCAAACUCAAGGUGCUGAAGAUCUUUGUCCAUCUCUGCGGUCAUGGCUCAAACCAUUUCCUCACGGAACUUAGGAGGAACUCCACCUUCAUCCAGCAGGCAUCAGUUUACAGUGGCCCUCCUGAUCCUAUCCAUGGCACAGCAUUGUACCAGAAAGUGAGAAAUACAGCACAGGAAGUGGCCAGGUUGCUUUUCACAGAUGCAAUUUCCACCAAAGACGGCGUCUCCCUGCUCAACCUAGCCCCACCAACAAUGGGUAUGGGCUCAGCAACUUCCCACAGGUCAGGAAUGCAGGGCUUUGGAUACAGUCCAGGGAAGCAAGGGACAGCAGGCAGUGACUCACUACUGGAUAAGAUCCAGAAAGCUGCAGAGGUAGUGGCCAGCGCUGUCCUUCCCCCAACAGAACACCAGGGCAUUCGUCUCCAUGACAACCAUUACAGGGCCGUAGUUGUGCCGUCCGCGCCCAUAGAGGUGGCCGUGCCCGCGUGCGCCUAUAACCAGCCUGCUCGCACGCCAAAAGCGUCGACCCAGCGGUGCCCAGGGCAGGUAGGAGGCGGCUGGGAAGAGACCGACAGCAGCAACAGCUCCUCUCACAACUCUUCUCAGGACAUCGCGGCUAACAGCAGGGCCUCUGUGGACAGCAAGUCAGCUGGUACCGGGAGCCAAUCGGGGGCCAGUAGAGAGAGCAGUGGGGACCUAUCGGAACGGGUGGAAGCCAUGCAGUUGGGGGACUGCGGCCAGGAGAUGGCGCUAAUCAGCAGACUGACUGAGGGAUCCAGAGUUUUCCUGUCCAGAGAGGAGAGCCAGCACUUCAUCAAAGAGUGCUCCAUUCUCAACUGCGAGGUCGUGGUGGAGUUGCUCGCUAGCAAGCUUCAAGAUCCCUCAAACACUGUUAAGAUGCGGGCACUGUGUGCUCAAUCAUGCCUCAUGACCUCUGACCUCCUCUCUCUGGAGCAAAUGUUCGGAGCUACGCAACGGAGGCUCCGCCAGCUGAGCGAGGGGGCUCCGGGACCCGUGGCCAACAAAGCCACCAAGAUCCUGCGACAGUUUGAGGCUCUGACGGGUGGAUCUGCACACGCUCCGAGGCAGGAUGCAGCAAACAGCGGCCAUCAGGCGACAACUAAUCAGCUUCCCACAUCCAGAUACUCAGACACUUUGCUACCAACCCUCUCUGCGGACAACCUCGACCAUUAUCAGCCCGACAUCUCACUCACAGGUGUCACCCGACCACCAUCUUCCCCCUCCUCCAGUCCGGCCGUCUUGGCCCAGAGAGACUCCUCAGGGGAGCUGAUGAAUAACGUUGACGAGGAGAAACUUUCUCCCGUUCUGCACGAGUUAGUGCAAAACCAGGCGGAGCCAGUCAGGACUGCUGAGGCUAAACCGGUUGCUGAAGAAUCAGACGGGAGCUCUUCACCUCCAGCUGAGCAGCCCCGUCUCAGCAGACUGUCCCUGUUCAGCGGCAUGGAGCUGGUGACUAAAGGGAGGCCCCUGUGUAAAAGAGAGACGCCCCAGACGGAGACGACGGGCGACACCUCAAGGGAGAACCUAACUGCGCAUAACAGUAUCGGCGUCAGUAAAACCAGUUACAACGACGCUCCUUUAAUUUGCAAUUCAGUAGCAUCCGACAGCAGCCAACCAGUAUCGGCCUUCUCGUUUCUCAACUUUUGACCAACAUUUUACAGCUGGAACUGUCCACGGUUAAAAACCAAUGAUGUCAUCAUGUUAGAAAAUCUAUUUAAUUUUAUAAACCAAGAUCAGAUCUGUAAGCUUAUAAUAUAUAUAUAUAGAAAGCAGAUUCACGUUAUGUUCGGUUCUUAUCUGUAUGGUGCCUCCUUGGAAAUUGUAUUUAAGCAGCAGAUUGGGCUAAGAGACAGAGAUUUAGGACACAUAAACACAGCUGGCAUGAGAGAAAAAACCCUCAACGGUCAUACGUGAGGACUAGUCUGUAAGCUAUGUUUUUGGCUGAAGUCUAAUUUCUCUAAAGUAUUAAACAAGAAUGCUUGAAUUACAGGUUAUUAUCGCCAGUUGCUUUAUCUCAGGAUUCCUUUUAGCAAACUGAAACAACUCUGACGCCUCUGCAGCACGCCCUAAACCUCUGAGGGAGAAUCCCUCUAUUUGUAAUUUGCACUACAGUUGCUUUUCUUAUCGACUCAUAAACCUACAAAUGUCUUCCGUAUUUUUUGGUACUAAACUAUUAUGUCAUCGUGUAAAUGUUACGAGUGUUAGUUUACAUAUUAUUCAUUAUGUCUACCCCCUGUAUUGAUUAAAACAUACCUGUGAGAGUGGUUGUAGAGUGCAUGAUUAGUUUGGAGAGCUAAUUCCUUAUUGAGAUACUCUUGUGUGGAUUUGUGCCAUCAGCAUAAUGCAAAAAUAUCAGCAAAUUCAUGAACGGUUGUUUGUGUAACCAAAUAAAAGGCAGAUUACCUUCACACUAUCUCACCACUGUUGUUCCAGUUACAUACUGUACUGUGAGGGCUGUGGAAUGUGGUACACGCACUACAUGCCAAAAUGGUAAUCCAACCUACCGAUACGUACAAUGAACGCUACUGAUGUAUUUUGUUUCAGCGAACAGAAGCUAUUGCUGUUGCACAUGCUGAAGAACAAUAAAACCUGCUGUGUUUUUUUGUUACAGCA